CACCUCCCCUCUCUCUCUCUCUCUCCCCCUCUCUCUCUCACUGCGUUAACUGAGCCUUUAUUUGAGAGGCGUUGUAAAGUAAUCCGAUGGAGAAUGAAUGAGUAGCUCAUUCAAGCAGCAGCGGAUUUCCCGCGUUUUUUUCCCUCCAAGACUGCGCGAGCCCAGGGUUCUAUUUUUAAACUUAUCGGUUUUAACGGUCGUUUGGGACACCAACGGUUCUGCGCCUAACUUUUCUCAGUCUCAUCUGGAGAGAAAGAGAGAAAAGGGAGGAAAGAAGCGGAGGGUGACAGAAGACUGGAGGGGCGAUGGCAGCGAGGUGGCUGUCGUGGCUUUUUCUUCUCUUGCUUCAGGCUGAGAGUUCUCUAGAAGCUGAUGCUGAGGAGAGGUUGGUGGAGUUUCUUUUGGGUCCAGAGCGCUAUAAUAAACUGAUCAGACCGGCGGUCAAUAAGAGCCAGCAGGUCACCAUCGGCAUCAAAGUGUCUCUCGCUCAGCUUAUCAGUGUUAACGAAAGGGAGCAGAUCAUGACGACUAAUGUGUGGCUCACUCAGGAGUGGAAUGAUUACAGACUAGUGUGGGACCCAGAUGAAUAUGACGGCAUUAAAAAAAUCAGAAUCCCCUCCCACCACAUCUGGCUGCCUGAUAUAGUCCUCUACAACAAUGCGGACGGUGUGUACGAGGUGUCCUUCUACAGCAAUGCCAUUGUAUCCAACUCAGGAGACAUCUUCUGGCUACCACCGGCCAUCUAUAGGAGCGCUUGUGCCAUCGAAGUGCGAAACUUCCCCUUCGACCAGCAGAACUGCACACUCAAAUUCCGCUCAUGGACGUAUGACCGCACUGAACUGGACCUAGUGCUGACCUCGGACUUUGCCAGCCGUGACGACUACACGCCGAGCGGAGAAUGGGACAUUGUCUCACUGCCAGGCCGCAAGAACGAAGACCCCGAUGACCACACCUACAUGGAUGUGACAUACGACUUCGUCAUCAAGCGCAAACCUCUCUUCUACACCAUCAACCUCAUCAUCCCCUGCGUGCUCAUCACCUCGCUGGCCAUCCUGGUCUUCUACCUGCCGUCAGACUGCGGCGAGAAGAUGACUCUUUGCAUUUCCGUUCUCCUGGCACUCACUGUGUUCCUUUUGCUAAUAUCCAAGAUCGUGCCUCCCACUUCGCUAGCUGUCCCGCUAAUUGGGAAGUAUCUGAUGUUCACAAUGGUACUGGUCACCUUCUCCAUCGUCACAAGCGUCUGUGUUCUUAACGUACACCACCGUUCUCCAUCCACUCACCGCAUGCCCGAAUGGGUCAAACGUGUUUUCCUGUGUCGCCUACCCGUCUUUCUGCUUAUGCGGCGGCCUGGCAGCUCCAACGUGCGGGAAAGGUUCAGACGGAAGCACCAGCGCAAAUCUUUCUCCAGCGGCCCGCCGGAUGACUCUUUCGUCCUUGGCAACGACCCCGGCAGGGCCUGGAGGCUGGGUGAGCUGCCAGAGGGGUCAGAGUUCAGACAGAGGGUCAGGCUCAGGCGCGACCCAGAAGUAGAUGAGGCCAUAGAGGGCGUGCGGUUCAUUGCGGAACACAUGAAGAUCGAGGAUGACGAUGAAGGGAUCAUCGAGGACUGGAAGUACGUAGCGAUGGUGAUCGACCGUUUGUUCCUGUGGGUUUUUAUCCUGGUAUGUGUGAUCGGAACGCUCGGCCUCUUUGUUCAGCCGCUGUUUCAGAGCUACAACACCCCUGUAGCGAAGGACGACUUUGGCGAUUUCUAAACAUGUGCUGGUCAAACUCAAGAAGAUAUUUGAACACAUCUGAACUACAGCAAUAAGACCAAGUAUAUGAAGUCAAAGACUGAGAUUCACCCCACACACAUGCUGAUCAAAACUCAACGACUGUGCAUUUUAAAAUAUGCAAAAUUCAUUUUGUGUUUCAGGUGACCACCUGUACGACUGUUUUAUUUUCUUUGCAGUCAUAUUUGGAAUAAGGUAUACAUUAUAAUGACAUUAUAAUGCGGAGAGACCACCAUUAUUUGAAGUCCCAAGGAACCUAAAUCCAUGAUUACUGUCUAGUUAAGUUAAUCUUAAGUUAAAUCUUCUGCGCACACAAUAUACAGUAUAUCUUACAGUAUAUCUUACAGUAUAUCUUACAGUAUAUCUUUGUCAGUAUCUGUAAAAACAAGGAAACGUACAUUUAACAGAAUUACAAUUCCGAUACUAGGGAUAAAGUCAGAUCUAUCAGUAUUUAAUUUGUCCACUUAUGUCCACUUUCAUCCUUUCAAGCUCAAAACCAACAAAUUACAGCUGUGUCCCCCCAACAAAACCUGCUCCCAGAAAUAUGACAUUAUCUUCCCCUUCAUAGAGACACUAAAAAAAAUAGACAAUAAAGAUAAAAAAAUGGAACUGGACUUUAAUCUGAAAUGAUAAUUGGCUUUAAUUAGACCGUGGGAAGCGUGUGAGAAAUAUCCUCACAGAUUUCUUUAAAAAAAAGGUGGACACACUAAAUAACAACAAAAAAGCUGUUAACAUAAUAUAGAAUUUUCUGUUGGAUGUUUUUCCUGCUUUUUCCUGACAGUAGCUCAUAAAUUUCUCUUUCCUUUUCUCGGCUCCCUGCCUUUUGUUUUCUUUCAUUUCCGUUCUCUUCAUUCACACGCGUUAAUUAGCGAGGGAAGCUAACAGUCAGUGGUUCGUCAUGGGCAUGAACGGACUAGGAUGUAUUAUAAAGUUAUUAUAAAGGCUCUAUGUAGUCACAGUAACGUAUUCACCGUCAUUCCCAGCCUUUCAUUUCGGGUCCACCAUAAAUUUUCAUUAACCUCUUGUUAAGAGGUUGAGAUUCUUAAUGCACAUUUCUUUGGGCUGCAGCCAUGACAACACUGACUGGUCGGCCUGUGCGUCCGUUUUCAAAACUUGACGUGCAUUUUUUCUGUGUGUGAAAAUCAAACUGGGUGUGAACAGGUCUUUACUACAGUUAUUAUCCACAUUGUUUACCCCAAUAAGUGGAUUCUUUACUGGUACAAGUUUAUAUUCUCAAAAAAAAAAAAAGGUACUAAACCGUCACUGUACCCUUCUCGUCAGUGGCGUGGGUCUUCAGUACCUUUAGUCAGGGAACAUAACCAUACCAUAAUCCAUUGCAGUUAUAUUUCCUAAGUUCUGUUGACUCCACACAUCCUGUCUUGACUCCAGGCUUUGUAUUUUAUUGUUCUGUUUUAAAAGAUUAGGUUAUGAAAAUCUCACUUAAAAUACACAGUUGGACCUUAAAACCACUGUUGUAGUUUUGAGGGUACAUUUACGUUGUUGGUACCUCGAUGAACCAAAAUGUACCUGCACAGUAUGCUUUUCUGACAGUGUACUUCA